UUGCAUGGUCAGGGUCUCCAGUUAUUCCUUCAGGUUUCGCCAUUGGUACUAUCUCUAUAGGGGAAGACCAACUUUGGCUUUUGAUGUUUGUCCAGAGAGCAUGAGGUUUCCCAGUCCUCUUUGGAGUUCCUGCACCCUUGUUUAUGGAAACCUGUCACUUUGAUUUGGUUGAUAGUCUAGGUGGGCUGUUCCUGUUGACUGUACUUGUUACUGCAGGUUUUUAGUCAUGCUCCUGUGUCUGGUGACAAGAUCCCAUGACAAUUGUCCCUGUUCAUAUCUAAAUGUGUUUAGGGAGUCCUAGGACAUAAGAAGUUAUAGAGGCAACAGGUUCCUCCAUACCUUGGUAAAACAUGGUUUAUCCCAUGAUUUAGUCCCUUCUCCAAGGUCAGGGGAGAAUUGAGCUGACAAAAGAGCUUUCUUCUCACUGAGGAUUUUGUUUUUGCUCCAUACAGUCAUUUUUUUUUUGUUUGUUCUUUUUAGAUAUACAUGACACCAGAGUGUAUUUUGACAUGUUAUGCAUACAUGGAUUAUAACGCAUUCUAAUUAGGAUCCCAUUCUUCUGGUUUUACACUGGUCAUGUAUAUUAAUAUGAGAACAUAGGAAAGUCAUGUCCAAUUCAUUCUGCAUCUUUACUAAUCCCAUCCUCUCUCCCUUCCCUUCAUUCCCCUUUGUCUGAGUCAGUGAACUUCUAUCUCCACCCUCCAUUGUGGGUUAGCAUCCACAUAUGAGAGAGAACAUUUAGCCUUUGGCUUUUUGGGAUUGGCUUGUUUCACUUAGCAUGAGAGUCUCCAGUUCCAUCUAUUUACUGGCAAAUGCCAUAAUUUUAUUUCUCUUUAUGGCUGUGUAAUAUUCCUGUGUGUGUGUGUGUAAUAUAAAACACAUUUUCUUUAUCCAUUCAUCUGUUAAGGGCAUCUAGGUUGGUUCCAUAGCUUUACUCAGGUGAAUUGAGCUGCUAUAAACAUUUAUGUGGCUGUGUCACUGUAGUAUGCUGAUUUUAUGUCCUUUGGGUAUAUACUGAGGAGUGGGGUAACUGGGUCAAAUGGUGGUUCCAUUCCAAGUUUUCUGAAGAAUUUCCAUACUGCUUUCCAGAGUGGUUGCACCAAGUUGCAGUCCCACCAGCAUUGUAUAAGUAUACCUUUUCCCCCACAUCCUCACAAACAUUUAUUGCUACUUGUAUUCUUGAUAAUUGACAUUCUGAAUCGAGUGAAAUGGAAUCUCUUACUGAGGAAGAUUUAACAUGAUCUGUAAGAUCUGGCAUCGUAUUCAGUUUUAGACUUUUUUUGUUGCAAAUGUUCUUGCUAGAUGGUAGGUGAAAGCCUACUUUCGUUGUUAGAUACACAAUACUGAUGAUCUUUCAUAUCUUGCCCAUGACCCAGGCCUGAUAAAUGUCAGACAGGUUCUCUUUAGGAAUUGAGUGAGACAGAAGAUUUUCCCAUAGGAUUUUAGUCCUGAGUUGUGUUAUUAGACAGUUGUGUGUGUCUAAGGCUAAUUCACAAAUGUCACACCACUCCAACCCCCAUUCAAGAUGUAGGUGGUUAAAUCCCAGUUUCCAGGCGCCAUCUUGACUUGUUUACAGACUCUAACAAUAUUCAGGCAAAAUUAUUUAUUUAUAACAGAGAAAAAUACCUAGAAAUUCAACUUUGUACUUGAAUCCAGUUUUAUAGUGUGCCUUUCAUUGUCCAAGCAUAUUCAUGUAAUCCUUCCAACAGCCAUGCUUGGUACAUAUAAUUAACCUCAGUUUGCACUGAGCACAACAGAAUGUUAUGUCAAAUACAUUUCAAAAUAUUUCACAGGCUCUUAAAUGACUACACUUGAGCCCUCACACCCUUCCAGCUCUAGAAUAUAUAUAUACACUGACAUACAGAUAUGCAAAGAAAUAAAAUAAGAACCAAACUCAGGGGUCUAAACUACAUGGUUCCUGUUUCAUAGUUUACAUUUCUUCAAAAAAGUUGUUGUAACUUUAAGUGUGGAAAUGACCCAUUCACUAUUUUUAUGGUGCAGGUGACACUCUGGAGACCGUAUUCUUUUCACGCAUCUUAGAAUCCAUCUCAGUUAAUGGGUUAAGCAUGACUCAGGAACUGUGCAGAACAUUCAAGAAAAUGGUGAUGGCUGAUCUUGACCACUCUGUUUUGUGAAAUGAUGGCUCAUGUGCCUGAACCUUAUCUGGGUCCUCUGUUGAAGGUGCUCUGUUGAAGUCUGAUCUAAUCUGCUGCUUUCCUGUUUAGUAUAGCCUUGUUUCUGACUUUUUGAUAUGCAUACUAUUUUUUCAUCAUUUUCCUCAAAGUGGCACUUUGAAGUUUCUUUCAAAGUUGAACUAUAACUGGAUAUUUACCCUAAACGAAAUUGCAAAUUGGUUUGUCAUUAUGUCUUUAGAUUCCAAAUGGCCAGUCAUUGAUGGCUGAUUGGACUAUGUCUUAAAAAUGUGUCUUUGAAACUAUAAUCCUACUUGAGAUUUUUACGAAAGUAUAAAAAUAUUAAGCUCAGGACAGGAAAUGUAACCUGAAUAGAAGUCCUGAGACUGUGCCCAGUACCCCCUUUUGUUUGUACCAGAGGGACAAGUUUUCACAUUACUGCUUCAAGGAACCCUGGAUAUCGAACAUUGCUCAAGCCUAGAGGAUACGUUUGAGAGCAUGUUUAGUUAGUAUCACUUUCUACAGAAAAUAUUUUGGCUCCCAUUAUUGACUUCAGAAAGUAAAAGCAUUAAGAUGAAAACUUUUGAGUUAGUGAUCUUGUUUUUAAAUGCCUUAGUAUUCCUGCAUUUGUUUUGCUUGCCAUGUGGUUUUGCUCUAAUUUAUACACCUGUGUACACGAUUAAUUCACCAUGGAACUCUCUUGGCUUUAUUAACUCCUCUUUUCAAUCUUUUCCUUAGAGAAUGUCAAGGCUCUGGUUAAUAAUGUGACCAAUGGGACUAGGAGUAAAUGCAGCCUGAAAAAGUAUUGAACAGGUCAAGGAUCUGAAGCUUUAAGACAAAAAACAAAACAAAACAACAACAACAAAAAAACAAUUAAUAAGAAACGCACACAAAGCCAAAAUACAGUCAUGCAGUAGGCCCAUUGAAACAGAGUUCAGAAUUUGCUAAAGCACUGGCACCACAUCCUAAAAGCUGAAAGAGUUUUUGUGGUUGAUUAUGUGUGACAUAAGAGAUGGAUGUGCUUGAGAGAAGUAGGAUCUCUUUGAGGAAAAAUAAUUCAACUAAGGAACCAAAGAUUUUUUUUUUUUUUACAUUGAACCCAGGGGCACUUUAUUCUUGAGCUACAUAUAUUCCCAACCCUUUUUAUUGUAGGUUUUUGAGACACGGUCUUGGCUAAGUUGCUUAGGGCCUCUUGCUGAGGCUGCUCUUGAACUUGAGAUCCUCCUGCCUCAGCCUUCCAAGUUGCUGGGAUUAUAGGUAUGUACCACCAAGCCUGGCCUGGAAAAUGUUUUAUAUAUAAUAAAUGUGUGGCUUGCCAUAUCUGUAGGGCAAAAAUUUGGUUGAUCAUGUUUUGAAGGCAGGAGAAAGGAGAGUAGUAAAACAUACCGUGUAGCUUGUUUUAAGGCUGCACAUGUAAAAACAUUUUAGAAGUCAUACAGUUUAAACAAAGUGGUUAGUUUAGGAAAUACCUUUUCCCAUUCUUUGACAUUCCCCACAUGCCUAUUCCCCAGCCUGCUGUUAUGAAUUUAGAUUGGCUCUUUAAAGAACUAGAGUGAAAUUUAAUUAUCUAGGGAAAGCCCACUUUGUCAGAAGUGUAAUAUUCCUGGAGCAGGUUCUUGCUGGCCAUCACAUCUCAGGAUUGACUGAAAAGUCCUUCCUGAAUCGAAAAGUGAUACUUUUAUGCUUAAAAUCUUGAUUUUUAAAAAAGGCUUAUGCUCUGUAAACUUUAGUCUAAGGUUAUUAAUGGGUACUAAUUACAGUUAGUAGGAAGUUCUGAUAUUCUAUUGCACAAGUAAUGUGUGUGUGUGUGUGUGUGUGUGUUUUAGGCUAGAGGAUAAGUAUUCUGAAUGUUUUACCAUAAAGAUAUGCAGAUGUUUGAAGAGAUAAAAAAGUUUUCCCUGGCUUGAACAUUGUACAGUGUAUAUAUGUAUUAAAAUAUCACAUGGUAUCCCAUAAACAUUUAUGUGCAUCAGUUAAAAAUUUUUAAUAAUAUACUCUGUAAAUUUCAGACUAACUUUAUAUUUCUAAAUUUAAUAUUGUAAUAUAACUCUUGGAUAAGUGAUUAGCAGAAACUUUGUUAACAUGUCCAUUUUCCUUUUCAAUUAAAUUGUCUCCAUGUUGGUUUUUUGAUAUAGCUUGAAUACAGUUCCUGACAUUGCUCUACCCUCUUCAGUUUAUAUCAUAUCCUGAAACUACAUUCUACUUGUACAAGUGGCUUUCGUCUGUAGUCAAGUGAACUGUGUCCAUUUAGAUAGGAGUGCCAUUCAGCCUGCUACCUGGUGUGUACUUUGCCUUUUCCAGCAGGCAGCUGGUGGCUCCAUGUUACCUUUUUCCAGGUCUCCAGAGGGUCAUGUUGCAAAAUAGCAGACUCUUAACAGAAAUAUCCCCUCACUGAAGAUAAUAUUCCAGGUGUUUCCCAGGCUGUGAAUGGGUACUUCAGGUGUUGCAGUUCCAAGUACUAGAGAGCCAGGGUGCAUUUACACCUGCCGAAUGGUACUAGUCCAGUGCUGUGUUCUAGCCUGAAUUUUCUUCUUCUGUAGAGUCCUUCACAGUCUAGAUGAUUAACGGUUGGAUUUUGCCAGUAUACACUAUGAAGCAUUGUCAUCAGAAAAUAAAUUCAGGGAGUUGGGGUUGUAGCUUCAUGGUAGAGCGCAAGGUCCAGUGUUCCAUCCCCAGAACUACACAAAAUAAACAAAAUCAUGUUUUGUUCUUUGUUUCAAUAAGUAGAUUUAAAGGCAUUUCUGUGUUGGUCUCUUCCUGUGUAUGGAUUUUUAUGUGGUUAGUAGUGCAGUAGAAUAUAGUAAGUGCAUGUGUGUGUGCGCAUUCAAAAGAAACUUCCCACAUAUUUGAAAAGAUUGAGAUACCUAGUGUGAGAUAGGGGAACUUUAUCUAGGCCUUUCAGAAUUGCUCUGUUUCUGUGAAGCCCAAACUAUAAGCCAUUCUUCUUUAGUUGGGUCCUGAAAUUGUUUGUUCUUCCUUGAGUUGGGUGUGGAAAAACCUCUUUAAAGAUCACAUCUUCCUGAGGGGGGUGGGUCUAGCCCUCCCAGGUGCCUAUCUUGCAAAAAGUACAACAUGAAGCCAGGUCUGUAACAGAUCAGCUCAUGGAUAUACCAGGAAUUUCAUAAAAUUUGAAAGUAAAUCCAAGAUAACUUGUGCUACUUUUGUGUGUGUGUGUGUGUGUGUGUGUGUGUGAGUGUGUGUGUGAAAGCCAGCAGGAGUAGAGAAGGCCACUCCUGUUUUGGCCAAGAUGUUGGAAUCUUUAUGGGGGGCAAAUGGGCUGAGGCUAGCUUCUGCAGAAUCUUUGCACUGGCUGGGGAGCUCUGACACCGUGGAGGUGUUUGUAAGACUUACUGAAGGCAUCAGAAUAAUUCUGUAGCCUUAACUCUGGGCUGAUGUAGCUUGAUUUGAACCCAUCCCAGCCAGAAGAGAAGAACUCUCAUGUUAUAUUAUUAGCAUAUGAUUUGCCAAAGUUCAUGUUUUAGAUAUAAUACUUGAAAAACAAAAACAAAUACUGAUUAUUUUGAAUUGUUUCUAAGUAAUAUUGUUUUUACUUGUUACAAAAAUUGGCUUACCUGUAUGUAAUUGCACUCAUAAUGAAUCCCCGAAGGAAACAUGAGUUGCGUAAAUCAUGAUUUCAUAAUAAAUAAGUUAUUUUUAGAUUUUUUUCCUUUUGUUCCCCUUCUGCCAGUGACCUGAAACUCUGUUCCAACUUAUGAAAACAAAGUAAAAACUAGAUGAAUUUAAAUAUAAGGGAAAUAAGAUGUAAAUGCAUUACUUUUUAAAAAUCAUUUGAUUUUGAUGAGAUCUAGCAAUGUAAAUACAAUAAGCUGUUUCCAUGUCACAUGUAUAUCAUCAAGUUGUUAUAGUGUACUUUUGAAGUAACUGGAAUUUUUCCCCAGGGGAAAAGAAAAGGGUGUGUAAAGGGCCUGUGGUGGAAAGGAAAGAAGCCAGGCCCACCACGGUCCCAGAAGUCAUGUUGAGGUUUUGUCUUUACUAUAGGAACAAUGGGAAAUCAGUGUAGAGUACUAAAUAGAAAUGUUGCAUGGGGUGGGGGAGACUUCAUAUUUAAAAAAAUUCACUUGGCCACAUCAUGAAGAAUAGAUUAGGUAGGAAGCCUUCCAAAGCUAUUUAAGUAGGCAGGGCAAAGCAUGAAGUUAACUUGGGCUGGUGGUGGAGAUAAUCAGAAGUUGCCUGCAGUGAAAAAGUAGGGAGGUAAGAUCAACCAGGUCUCUGCUGAAUGUUGAGCAGGAUGUCAAAGAUAAUGUCUAGCCAGGAUUCUGGAUUAGGGGUCAGAGCCAUCACUGAGCUACGCAAUACUGGAUGGAGAUCAGGUGGCAGGGAUCAUGAGCCUGCGUUUGUUUUUUGAGGCAUUCUGAGUGAAGGUGAAACUUGUUCUGGUGCUUAGAGGGAAUUCUGGGCACAUGACUUAGUUUAAGAAUUUGUUUCUGUGGCAAUGGUACCUGAAAGCAGAAACAAAGGUUCAAAGACUGCUGCGGAUGGAGCUCAAAGGACCACCAACCUUCAAGGGCCAAGGAAAAGAAUAUGAGCUAUAAAGGAGCCUGAGUGCAAAUGGGGAUUGUCAUGGCCAGGACUCUGGGUGAUGGGGUUUGCAGGAAGUGACCAAAAGCCAAACCUGAAGAAAAAUGGAGAUGUGCACUGGAUCUUGCAAUGGGAAGGUCUUUGAGGACCACACCUGAAACCCGAUCAAUGGAGUGACAGGGCCAGAAGUGUCAGCGGAAUGGACGAGGACUGUGGAACCCUUGAAGUGGAGAAAAGGCAACUCCCAAGAAAUGAGUUUUUCAGGAUCAGGCUGAGUGCCUGAGUGCACGUCUUCUUUUCUUGAACACAGACUGGAGCAGUACUGAAAGUCUGUGGGAUAGCAGGGGAAAGCUCCAGUAAGGAUCAGGAGAUACCAGGAGAGACCAUAGCACAGAUGCAGAAAGAGAAAGGAUAGAUGGUUUCCUAAAGAUGACAGUAAUGAAACCUGCUCAGUGUUUUUCCUCUAAAAACAUUUUUUUGGCAUUAACUGUGAACUUUAUGUGUUUUCCUUAUUUGAUCUUUACCAAACCUUAUGAGAAGAAACUAUUUUUCUCUCUGUAGAUGAAGACGCGUAACCCUGGAGAAUCUAGGGAAUAUGCCUAGGAGGAAGGCUAUCUUGGAGAGAGGAAAGCCAGAGACUUGAACUCUGAACUGGGUUCCUUUGCUGGCUGCCUCCCAGAGCUGCUGAAUUAUAUGUAGCCUUGUACCCAGAAGCCUGAGAAUAACUAUCAAAUGUUUUUUUUUAAGUUAAGUAAAAUUUAAUAUGAACUAAAUGCUUUAGGGGAUGGUCGCAUUUAUUUUAAUAAUUAGUUCUUUUUCAGGUAAUAUUAACUAGUGUAGGGAGAAUGAAGAUUACACACUCUAAAGUAGCAGUAUCUGUGUAUUGAUUUACUCAAUUGAGCUUUCUACUAAAUUACAGGAGUUAAUUUAUACUUGGUUACACUCUUGGUAUUCUAAAAUGAUGGCCAUGCAUUUAUUAUAAAAUAGCCCUAGUUACUCUUUUUUAGAGUUCAUGCCUUAUGCCACUCCUUGCACCAAGCACUUGCCUGAAUAACUCCAUUUGAUCUCCCUUGUGGCCUCAGGAGGUUUGUGUGUUAUCAUGGGACUACCUGUUACAGUUGAGGAAGCUGGGAAAUGCAGAGGCCAGUGUGCCCGAGCGUGUGCGGAAAGCGGGCGUGCACCGAGAACAAUGAAUGCUGCCACCAGGAAUGCCUGGGCAGCUGCCACGCACCAGACAAUGACACAGCCUGCGUGGCCUGCCGGCACUACUUCUAUGAGGGCGUGUGUGUGCCUGCCUGCCCGCCUGACACCUACAGGUUCGAGGGAUGGCGCUGCGUGAAGCGCGACUUCUGUGCCAACAUCCUCAGCGCUGAGAGCAGUGACUCUGAGGGCUUCGUCAUCCACGACGGCGAGUGCAUGCAGGAGUGCCCCUCAGGCUUCAUCCGCAACGGCACCCAGAGCAUGUACUGCAUCCCUUGCGAAGGUCCUUGCCCCAAAGUCUGUGAAGAAGAGAAGAAAACAAAGACUAUUGAUUCUGUUACUUCUGCUCAGAUGCUCCAAGGAUGUACCAUCUUCAAGGGCAAUUUGCUCAUUAAUAUCCGACGAGGCAAUAACAUUGCCUCAGAACUGGAGAACUUCAUGGGGCUCAUCGAGGUGGUGACCGGCUAUGUGAAGAUCCGCCAUUCCCAUGCCUUGGUCUCCUUGUCCUUCCUUAAGAACCUUCGCCAGAUCUUAGGGGAGGAGCAACUGGAAGGGAACUAUUCCUUCUAUGUCUUGGAUAACCAGAACUUGCAGCAGCUGUGGGACUGGGACCACCGCAACCUGACCAUCAAAUCUGGGAAAAUGUACUUUGCUUUCAAUCCCAAACUGUGUGUUUCUGAAAUUUACCGCAUGGAGGAAGUAACAGGGACAAAAGGGCGCCAAAGCAAAGGAGACAUAAACACCAGAAACAAUGGAGAAAGAGCCUCCUGUGAAAGUGAUGUCCUACAUUUCACAUCCACCACCACGUGGAAGAACCGCAUUAUCAUAACCUGGCACCGGUACCGGCCCCCGGACUACAGGGAUCUCAUCAGCUUCACUGUUUACUACAAGGAGGCACCCUUUAAAAAUGUCACAGAAUAUGAUGGGCAGGAUGCCUGUGGCUCCAAUAGCUGGAACAUGGUGGACGUGGACCUCCCUCCCAACAAAGAUGUGGAACCUGGCAUUUUACUGCAUGGGCUGAAGCCCUGGACUCAAUACGCAGUCUAUGUCAAGGCCGUGACCCUCACCAUGGUGGAGAAUGACCACAUUCGUGGGGCCAAGAGUGAAAUCUUGUACAUUCGUACCAAUGCUUCAGUUCCUUCCAUUCCCCUGGAUGUCCUUUCAGCAUCGAACUCCUCUUCUCAGCUGAUUGUGAAAUGGAACCCCCCAUCUCUACCCAACGGUAACCUGAGUUACUACAUUGUGAGAUGGCAGCGGCAGCCUCAGGACGGCUACCUGUACCGGCAUAAUUACUGUUCCAAAGACAAAAUCCCCAUCAGGAAGUAUGCUGACGGCACCAUUGAUGUCGAAGAGGUAACAGAGAAUCCCAAGACUGAAGUGUGUGGUGGUGAGAAAGGGCCUUGCUGUGCUUGCCCUAAAACUGAAGCUGAGAAGCAAGCUGAGAAGGAGGAGGCUGAAUACCGCAAAGUCUUUGAGAAUUUCCUGCAUAACUCCAUCUUUGUGCCCAGACCUGAAAGGAAGCGGAGAGAUGUCAUGCAAGUGGCCAACACCACCAUGUCCAGCCGAAGCAGGAACACCACAGUGAUGGACUCCUACAAUAUGACAGAUCCAGAAGAACUUGAGACAGAGUACCCUUUCUUUGAGAGCAGAGUGGAUAACAAGGAGAGAACUGUCAUCUCUAACCUCCGGCCUUUUACUUUGUACCGCAUUGAUAUUCACAGCUGUAAUCAUGAGGCUGAGAAGCUGGGCUGUAGUGCCUCUAACUUUGUCUUUGCCAGAACCAUGCCUGCAGAAGGAGCAGAUGACAUUCCUGGCCCAGUUACCUGGGAGGCAAGGCCUGAGAACUCCAUCUUUUUAAAGUGGGCAGAACCUGAGAACCCCAAUGGAUUGAUUCUAAUGUAUGAAAUAAAAUACGGAUCACAAAUUGAGGAUCAGCGAGAAUGUGUGUCCAGACAGGAUUAUAGAAAAUAUGGAGGGGCCAAGCUCAACCGGCUAAACCCAGGGAACUAUACCGCGCGGAUUCAGGCUACCUCUCUCUCUGGGAAUGGGUCAUGGACAGAUCCUGUGUUCUUCUAUGUCCCAGCCAAAACAACGUAUGAGAAUUUCAUCCAUCUGAUCAUCGCUCUGCCGGUCGCCAUCCUGUUGAUCGUGGGAGGGCUGGUGAUAAUGCUGUAUGUCUUCCAUAGAAAGAGGAAUAACAGCAGGCUGGGGAAUGGAGUGCUGUAUGCCUCUGUAAACCCAGAGUACUUCAGCGCAGCCGAUGUGUACAUUCCUGACGAGUGGGAGGUCGCUCGAGAGAAAAUCACCAUGAGCCGGGAGCUGGGGCAGGGGUCCUUCGGGAUGGUCUAUGAAGGAGUUGCCAAGGGUGUGGUUAAAGAUGAACCUGAAACCAGGGUGGCUAUCAAGACAGUGAACGAGGCUGCCAGCAUGCGUGAAAGGAUUGAGUUUCUGAACGAGGCUUCAGUGAUGAAGGAGUUCAAUUGUCACCAUGUGGUGCGGUUGCUGGGCGUGGUGUCCCAGGGCCAGCCAACGCUGGUCAUCAUGGAACUGAUGACACGGGGGGAUCUCAAAAGUUAUCUCAGAUCUCUGAGGCCAGAAAUAGAGAAUAACCCAGUCCUUGCACCUCCAAGCCUAAGCAAGAUGAUCCAGAUGGCUGGAGAGAUUGCAGAUGGUAUGGCAUAUCUCAAUGCUAACAAGUUUGUCCACAGAGACCUUGCUGCCCGAAAUUGCAUGGUGGCCGAAGAUUUCACAGUCAAAAUUGGAGAUUUUGGUAUGACAAGAGAUAUCUAUGAGACAGACUAUUACCGGAAAGGAGGGAAAGGGUUGCUGCCUGUGCGCUGGAUGUCUCCUGAGUCCCUCAAGGAUGGAGUCUUCACCACUCAUUCAGACGUCUGGUCCUUCGGGGUUGUCCUCUGGGAGAUCGCCACACUGGCCGAGCAGCCGUACCAGGGCUUGUCCAACGAGCAAGUCCUUCGCUUCGUCAUGGAAGGUGGCCUUCUAGACAAGCCGGACAACUGCCCCGACAUGCUGUUUGAGUUGAUGCGCAUGUGCUGGCAGUACAACCCCAAGAUGAGACCUUCCUUUCUGGAAAUCAUCAGCAGCAUCAAAGACGAGAUGGAACCUGGUUUUCGGGAGGUCUCCUUCUACUACAGUGAGGAGAACAAGCCACCUGAACCUGAGGAGCUGGACCUGGAGCCUGAAAACAUGGAGAGUGUCCCCCUGGACCCCUCGGCCUCAUCGUCAUCCCUGCCGCUGCCCGACAGACACUCAGGACACAAGGCUGAGAAUGGCCCAGGCCCUGGGGUGCUGGUUCUCCGAGCCAGCUUCGAUGAGAGACGGCCUUACGCGCACAUGAAUGGAGGACGCACAGAUGAGAGAGCCUUGCCGCUGCCCCAGUCUUCAACCUGCUGAUUCUUGGAUCCUGAAUCCCGUGCAAACAGUAACGUGUGUGCACACUCAGCGGUGGGUGGGGGGAGAGAACGUUUUAACAAUCUAUUCACAAGCCUCCUGUACCUCAGUGGAUCUUCAGAACUGCAUUGCUGCCCACAGGAGACGGCUUCUCUGCAGUAAAACACAUUUGGGAUAUUCCUUUUUUCAAUAUGCAAGCAGCUUUUUAUUUCCCUACCCAAACCCUUAACUGACCGGCCUCUAAGAACCUUAAUGACAAUACUUAAUAGCAACAGAACACUUGAGAAUUGAGUCUCCUCAUAUAUUCUCUCUCUCUCUCUCUCUCCCUCUCUCUCUCUCGCUCUUGCUCUCGCUCUCCCUCUUUCUUCUUUCUUUCCUUUUUCCUUUUCUGCUUCAUAAUGGAAAAAUAUUUGCCACAAACCCAGCCGGGAAGCCCUUUUUAUCAGAUGGAGGAAGUGGCUCUUCCUGGGAUUCCACGUCACCCUGUGUAUACCUGCCUGACACCACAGGUCUUUAUAAAACACACACAUACACACAUUGAGACGGAGUUUUUUAACUGUGUCUUUAACCUUUCUAGUGUCAUCUAAAAUUCAAAAAGGGCCAUUGUUCAUCCAUGGUUGUUACCAUUGUAAUGCUGCCAAAUUUUGCCAAAAUCCUGAACUUUCUCCCUUAUCAUCCACACCCCCCCCUGCCCCCACACACAUUGAUUUUCUUCUGUCCAGAGGAAUGGGGUGAGCAUGGUAUCAUUUAUGAGAAAUAUUGGUGAUGUACUCCAUCUGACUGUUCCCCAGGUGCUUUCCAAGCCCACAUCCACCCCAGUCUCGUUGCUUUUGAUGACUAGGUUAUUAUUUGGGGGAACUGGACAAAAUGGGACCUUCCAUCAGUGAAGAUGGGGAAAGGCUGAACCAGGUUCCCCACCCCACUCCCUACCUCCACCCCUUUCCCUCUGAGAAUUCUGGAGGAAACAGACCCUGAGUUAAACCUAAAAGCCAGACUAAUGGGUCCAUGUGGACAUCAUGCCAGUUUCCUCCCCCAGCCCCAGCACCCGCUCCUGACCCGCCAAGGAACACAGAUGAGUUUCCAGGGACCCAGCCCAGCCAUUUGUGCAGGUGUGCAAGGAAAGGGGUUCAGACACCACAGCAGUGAGAAGAAGUGCAGGCAAUGGAGUCAAGCAUUCUAAGCUUUGUUGACAUUUUCUCUGUUACUAGGACUUCUUCAUGGGUCUUACAGUUCUAUGUUAGACCGUGAAACAUUUGCAUACACAUUGUCUUUAAUGUCACUUUUAUAACUUUUUUACGGUUCAGAUAUUCAUCUAUACGUCUGUACAGAAAAAAAAAAGCUGCUAUUUUUUUUGUUCUUUAUCUUUGUGGAUUUAAUCUAUGAAAACUUUCAGGUCUACCCUUCUUCCCUUUCUGCUCACUCCAAGAAACUUCUUAUGCUUUGUACUAGAGUGUGUGAUUUUUCUUCCUUUUCUCCCAAUAAUUGAUACUUCUAGAACAUAAUUUGCCAUGAACUGUUUGAUGCCUUUUUAUAAAUUCAUCUCCCCUUUCCCUGAUCCCCCAGGCCCAUUCAUUGUAGGUUUUGUGGGCACGAGGCUGGUGCAGGAAGGAGGCAGAUCAGAAGCUCGGGCCAAGGUCCCAGUGGGUCUUGCUUCCUCCUUCCCCUGCCUCCCUUCUCGUGGCAUUGGAGUCUGUUACAGCGCAGGACACGAUGCAAACUCAGGUUAGACAAAAAAAAAAAAAGGUUGAAUAUCUCACACAUCCUUGUUCAGUGUUUAUAGUCCCCAUCGUUGAAAGUCUCACCUUUCCCUUGCCUUUGUUUUGGUUGUGACACACAUAUAUAUAUAUUUUUUUAACUAUUGGGUACAACAGCAGUUUUAACUGCAGACACUAGGCAUUUGGAUUACUAUUUUUUUUUAAAUGGAUAUUUAAUCCUUCCAUCCCACAGAAAACAGCUGCUGAGUCCCAGGGUGCAGCAGAGUGUGGCCCAACAGGCUCCCCUCUACUACCCUCCACCACCACCCUCACCAUACCGACCUACCUGUCUCUAGAAACAGAGCAUCCUAAGGGACUUCUCCCACACUAACAGGGAACAGGACCCCGGCAUCCCAGCUGGCCCAGGGACAGCAUCCUCAGGGGUGUGUACAAGCAUAUCGCCAGGUCUGCUGGCCUGAGUGCCAGGUCAGGGCAGUGCCAGCGCUGUGGCAGUCCCAGCCCUUUGCUCUUUCCCAGGGGACCAGAACCCUGGCGCUGGUGUGCUGUUCCUUGGCCAGGAAUCCCAGUCCUUCAGGCCCGAGGGGUCUUGUUCUGUUUAGUUUUUUAGCACUUCUCACCAGAGUGAUGACAGCACAAGAGUUGCUUCUGGGAUGGAAAUGUUUAAAUUAUGAGUAAGAACAAAACUCGAAGAUGAUGAUUGCUAGUUGUGACUGGAGAUUAAACACAAAAAAAGAAAGUCUGUAGUGCAUUUUUGCUUGUCAGUAGUUUCAAUCUCACAACUUUUUCACUAGCCUCUGUCCCACAGUGUUUUUCCUUAAAAAAAAAAAAAAAAAGAAAGAAAAAAAGAAAAAAGAUAAUCAAGAAGGUAUUAUAUGUAGGAGUUUUCUUUUAACUUAUUUUGUAAUACCAGUUUUAAUCACUGUAGAAAAGCCCCCAUUAUGAAUUUAAAUACUGAGGAAAGGAUGUGUGUGUGUGUGUGUGUGUGUGUGUGUGUAAGAUGGGACAGUUUUUUGAUUUUGGGGUUUUUUUUUGUUGUUUUUCAAACAUUUAUCUACCUCACUCUUAUUUUUUUUAUAUGUGUAUAUAGAAAAAAAAAAACAAUACAUCUCACAUUUCUCAGCACCUGACAAUAGGCCGUUGAUACUGGUAACCUCAUCCAUGCCACAGGCCACACACCCAGGUGAUGCAGGGAGAGAGGCCAGGCUGUUUUCCGGGGUCAAAACAACACUAACUCACCUCUCCACUCAUUUCAAAUGGCUUGCCUUUUUCUGAGAUGUCUCAUCUCAUGUUGCUUUUCCUUUUUUCCUAACCUGGUUCCUCAGAGGCUGGGAGGUAUUAGGAUUGUCCUGCUCUCAGCCCAGCAGCCCCUACAACCCUGAGGAGAUAACAAGAGCACACCAUGGGAGGCCACCUGGCCAUCCCUGUCAGAUGACUUUGGAACAAAACUAUGCAUGUUGAAUGACCAAUACAUUUCAUCACUGAGAAAGCAGGUGUUCUCCAUUCGCUGAGAACAGGAAGGUGCCCCCCCACACCACACAGUUGAUUCUGUGAGAAUCCCACGUGUGCACGUGUGGGGUGUUGGUUGGUUCCCCUCACCUGCUCCAGUGAGGCCUGCAAUGAGGCAGGGAUGUGCUACCACCACUGCUGCUGCUUCUGCUGCUGGGUUUGUUCCAUUCAAAGGUGCAGCCACAUCAACAAUUUGAGAGCUUGGCCUUCUGAUCCAGAAUGCAGAGGUUCCUGACAUUACCACCCAUCUGAUACAGAAAGGGUGGUAGGGGCAAAACCCCUUCCCCUCUGCAAACUGCUCUCAACUUUACCCUCAUCUCCUCUUCCCCCAGGGGUAAACAGACAUACCAAAUCUUGGGGCUGAGAAAGCCAGUGGUAGGCCCAGCCUCUGUGGCAUUCCCAUCUGGUCAGGGAUGUACCUCCGUCCAUCCCGUCAUCCUGCUGCUCACGGGCGGAUGGUGCACUCUCCACAUCCAGCGGCUGCUCAUAGGCACUGGGGACUUCAGCUGGGAAACACGUUGUGGGUAGUUUUGUCCAAGAGGGGGCAGCUCCUUAGCAGUUCCAGUAUGUACAGUUAAGCUCAGGGGCCUUCUCCUUCCUGCUAGAACACUACCCUUGUCUCCCAAGUUCCUGGGGACCUUAAGGUCAUUGAUAAAUACUGUUUGAUCAGGGUUUUAUUCUUCCACGCUGUAGGUGACCCCUUGGAAUAGUGGCCUCUCCUCUCUUUUGCACAUACUUACCGGUUUCCGCAACUGGAUUUCUACAGAUCAUUCAGCUGGUUGUAAGGGUUUUGUUUAAACUGUCCAAGUUGUUGGUGUCAUUUGUUUUUGUAUUAUGUAGGAGGUUUUUCUUUAAGUAGAGAGAAAACACUACAGUGUAGUGCCCAUCAUAACAAAUGCUUCAGAAACACUUCAAUAAAAGAAAAUUUUGUUUGUGUGAUGGUACAGUCAUUUUACUGGACCAACCCACCCACCUUGACUAUACCAAGGCAUCAUAUAUCCACAGUUCUAGCCUAAUUUUAUGCUGAUUUUCCCACCUCUUCUCGAUUUUUCUCUUUUGUGUGCUCCAAAUAAUCUUAUCAAGCUGAGUUGUGGCAUUUUCCAUGCAACCUCCUUCUGACAGCAGGUCACACUGCUUAAAGUAACGUGAACCACUGAGGCACAUCACUGCGUUGAUGUGAGCAUUAAGACAUUCUCACAUACAGCCCUUCCCUGAGGCAACAAAAGUUGGCAUAUUCUAGAGACAUUGCGAACUUGAGCUGUGUGAGACCCAGACUAUGCCAGUUCUCCUUAUGGGAUGUCAUGAUGUUUGACACACAGUUGGAAAGCGCUUCCUUCUUGGAAGAUAGAAGACUGUGUUCGUGGCCAUCACCGGCCUCUCCUUCCAUCCUGUUGCUUGUGACUCGGGACGACAUUUCAAUGGUUGGAAAAGCGGCUUCAUAAAAUAGAAAAGUGGUUAUUGGGAAACCACCAAAUGGCAAAAUGCUUGAUAUGUGGCACUGUGCUUUGGUUGGGAUAACAGAUCAAUGAGCCAUGUAUGAUGCCAAAUUGUAGGCCAGUCUGAUCCACCAAAGCCUCUUUCUUAGCAGUCCACCUCUGUGACUGGUGGCCAUGGUGGCCAAGUUACACUGACUCAGGUGAGUGAGAAGGCUAAGAUGCUCAUCCCCAGUGCUCAGCUCUCACUUCUGGAUCUGCUUAGGGCGACCAGACAGUGUUGAAGGCAACUCCUUUCCAAAAUGUAGGCACCUUCCAGUUGACAGUAACACUCCAUGGUAUGCCUUGGCCCAUUCCAGCAGUCCCAGUAACGCACUUAAGGUUUGGGGUUUGUGCUUUCGUUAAUGUUACUUUUGUGUUUGUCAGCUGUCUUUUCAUUUCCUGGGCUAAGCAGCAUUGGGAGACUUGGACCAGAGAUCCACUCCUUAAGAACCAGUGAUGAAAGUCAAACUUUCUUACUCCACUCUGAACUAGUCGGUGGUACAAAUGAGAACUUCAAGAGAGGAUGUUGUUUAGAUUGAACCUCUGUUGCCAGAGAUGCUGAAGAUACAGACCUUGAAUAGGCCAGAUGUUUUCCUUUCUGGCCUCCAACUUGGAUGACUAGUUGGUCAUUUAGAGAAAUGAACGCUCAUCAAUGGUGGAAUGACCAGGCAUUAGAAAACCACUGUUAACAGGGAUCAUGACAUGAAGAGAAGAAUUGUGGGCAGAAGGGUACAGGGCUUUGGAAGAAGCAUGGGCAGUGUUUUGAACUUGAUGCCUUUUGAAGGUAUCAGACCACAUCCAGGCUCAACAGUCAUCCAUGGGCAUUUGGUUUCAACAAAUAAACCUAACAUCCUGCUCUGGAAACCUACAGAGUUAAAUCACAUUGUUCAAGAAUGCGAACUAUAUCACACUCACCAGUUGAGUUGUCAGUUCUGGGGCGUGACUUUAGAGUUUUAUUUUGUUUCUGCAAGAACAUAAUAAUCACUCAUUUGUAUGUCCACAUUUGUGUGUCCGCAUCUUUCCAGUAAACAUUUUUUAAAUUAGUCACUCAUUAGUGUUUCCAAUAGGGCUCUUAAGUCCAGUAGAUUACGGGUAGUCAGUUGACGAAGAUCUGGUUUACAAGAACUAAUUAAAUGUUUCAUUGCAUUUUUGUAAGAACAUAGAAUAAUUUUAUAAAAUGUUUGUAGUUUAUAAUUGCUAAAAAUAAUUUAAAGACACUUUUUUUUCUCUCUGUGUGCAAAUGUGUGUUUGUGAUCCAUUUUUUAGGACACCUCUUUACUAGCUAGCUUUACAAUAUGCCAAAAAAAUUAAAAAGAAAAAAAUAAAGAAAGAAAAAGAAAAAAAAAGAUUUUCCUGGACCCAGGCCAUGGCUCACCCUCUUUUCCCCCCAUGCUUUGUGCCCUAUAUAACAAAGGAAUGAUGAUGAUUUCAAAAGUAGUUCUGUAUCUUCAGUAUCUUGGUCUUCUAGAACCCUCUGGUUGGGUAGGGGAUCUUUUACUGGUCAUUUAUUUCCCUUUGGAGUGUAGUGACCUUAACAGAUGGAAAGAAAAGAACCUCAUUGGCCAUGGAAAUAGCAGAGGUGUUGCCACCCCUUUGGGCAGGACACUGCGGCAUCUGGCUGUCUGGCAUGGUUGUUGCCUUGUUCCGCAAUGCCAUACAGAUAGAAGGACUUCAGGGCACUGCAGAUGGUUUUCACAGUGAUCACACAAAAGAUUCUGGGGCACACAGGCCAUUUGCUUCUGUGCCUCACAUUAUGAUGAAUGCUUUGUUCUAACAAGGAAGAGACUUUAUUUAUUUUUAUUUAAGGCAGAGCACCGAAGAUACAUUUUUCCCAUACAGAACAAAUUCUUUUUAAUAAAAAGUAUAGCACACGCCAAUAUUUUUUUAAGUUUGACUCCAUGUCCUCUAGUUCCCAAUUAUAAUUGGCCAUGUCGACACAACUCCACAAAAUCCCCAUUGUUGGAAACAUCUGGAAUUUUUGCACUCCAUAGGAGAAAGGUCCAGAAACCAUUUGAUUUUUGUUUUCAGCUUCUGAUUUGGAUGUUUGGUGUUGUGCAGACACAUCCACAGGUGAACAGAUGCCUGGCAAAAACACCUGUCUGCUUUCUAAGCCAGUGAGGUUGAGGUGAGAGGUUUGCCAGAGUUUGUCUACCUCUGGAAUUAAAAAAUCAAACAAACAAAAAACCAGAAGGCGCGAUGGAAUGGAUACAUCGCAAAUAAUGCAUUUUCUGAGUUUUCUUGUUUAAAAAAGUUUUCUAAAAAAGUUUUAAAAAAAGGUAAUAACAUGGCCAAUUUGUUACAUAAAAUGACUUUCUGUGUAUAAAUUAUUCCUAAGAAAUCCUCUGUUUAUAUAAAAAAAUCAGUAGAUGAAAAAAAUUUCAAAAUGUUUUUGUAUAUUCUGUUGUAAGAAUUUAUUCCUGUUAUCUAUAUACUCUGGAUUCUUUACAUUAUGGGGGAAAAAAGAAACUUUGUCUAUUUUGAAUGGCUGAAGCUAAGGCAACUUUAGUUUCUCUUACUCUGCUUUUUUCUAGUAGUUAAAGUACUACAUGGUUUAAGUUAAAUAAAAAAAAUUCUGUACGCA